UCGUCUGUGGCACUAGUAUAGUGUCUAUAGUCUAUAUAUACGUAUAUAAUCAAUGACAUAACCUUUGUAAAUUUUAUUGCUGUAACGUGGAGCUAAUUUAACGUAUUGUCGACAUAUAACAAAGGAAAAUCACCCAUCAUGGAGGUUUAUACUGCAAGCUUGAUUGUAAUAGGAGAUGAAAUUUUACGUGGACAAAUUAUUGAUACAAAUACAUCAUAUCUAGCAAAAAGUCUAAGAUCUUCUGGGAUUAAACUUGAAAGAGUAACAGUAAUACCUGAUAUUAUAGAUGAUAUUGCAAAGACUGUAAGCGAAGCUUCCAAAAAAUACUCUGUUGUUUUUACAUCUGGUGGUGUUGGACCCACCCAUGAUGAUGUAACAUAUGAAGCUGUGGCUAAAGGUUUGGGAUUGAAACUUGAAUCUCACGAAGAAUUGAUUAAUUUUUUGGCAAACCUUCUUCCUGAUGAAAAGGAAUUUCAUCGUCUCGCUAUUGUACCAAGACCAUGUGAACUUAUUUACGUUCACUUACAACGAAAGUAUGCAGUUGUAAAAGCGAAGAAUGUCUAUGUAUUACCAGGAUCUCCAAAAUAUUUUGAACCUGCUGUUGAUGUAAUAAUAUCAAAAUUGAAGAAGGGUAUUCCUUUGCAUCUUGAAUACAUAGACAUUAAUUCAAAUGAAUUAUCUAUUGUAAAAAUCUUGGAUGAACAUGCAGAACGUUGGAAAAAUAAAGUCAGUAUCGGUAGUUAUCCGCAAACAGCACCCGACGAUUAUACGAGAAUUACAAUAGAAGGAAAAAAGGAACAUGUAUUGGAAGCAAAAGGUGAACUUUUGUAUUCCCUACCAGUUCAAAAAAUACGAAAUUUAGAAAAUGGAUUUAUGAGUUACCAUGCAAGAACUAUUUUUAAAGAUGCUAAUAAUCAUGCCCAUAUAAAAUGUGCUUUAGAUAUUUUACAGGACUGUUACAAAACGUAUAAACCAGAAGAUGUUUUUUUAAGUUUCAAUGGUGGGAAAGAUUGCACAGUGGUUUUACAUUUAGCUGCUACCAUUGCAAAAUUACAAAAUUUUCCAUCCUUGACAUGUUUAUAUGUAACAGCUGAUCCGUUUCCAGAGGUGGAUUCCUUUGUAGAGAAAGCUGCUGGAUACUAUAAUUUAGAAUUGAUAAGGAAAGAACGACCUAUACAAGUGGCGUUAAGCUUACUUUUGGAAGAAAAAAGGAAUUUAAAGGCAAGCCUGAUGGGAAUGAGGAAGGGUGAUCCAGGUUCAGAAGACAUGGAACCUUUUUCCCGAACUGACCCAGGCUGGCCGAAUCUAGUUCGUGUAAAUCCUAUUUUAAACUGGACAUACGACCAAGUGUGGAGUUUUCUUUUGAAACAUAAUGUGCCAUAUUGUUCAUUAUAUGACCAAGGAUAUACAAGUUUAGGAACAAAGUCAUCUACACUACCAAAUCCGCGAUUGAGAGAUCCUCAAAAUCCAUCAUCUUAUUUGCCAGCAUAUACUUUAGCUGAUAAAUCUGCUGAAAGACAAGGCAGAGUGUAAUUGGGAAUAUUACAUUUAUUUAUAUAUAAUUUAUAAAAUGAUGCAAAUUUUGGUAAUGUUUGCUGGUGCUAAGUAGGUUGAAAACGCUUUUUAUAAAAAGACAAUGAUAUUCUUUUGUACCUCAUAUGAUAUAAAAUAAUGCACAUAUAGAGUAUUAUUAUAUAUUUUUAGUGAUAUAUAAAUACAUAAAUAAAAUUAAUUAACUAUUAAUUAUACAGCAUCACCAUUUUAGCUGUUUAUCAUAAAAUUAUUAAUGAUUUAUCUGUAUAUACUAUCUUGUUGGUCUCCUGAAUUUGUUGAUCUCACAAAAUUGAAUUUGUUGUAAAACGAUAUUCAUACAGAUAAUGCAUUAGCAAUUGUGAUACUAGCUAUUCUGUAUAUUCUUAAGUAACACAAUAUUUAAUUUAAACGAUCACAAUAAAGUAUUAUUCACGCAGAAAAGUGU